GUCACAACAACAUUUCGCCAUUUCAGAAGCAUUACAGCAGCCAUUGGUCCCGCGAAAGAAGUAGGUCAACCAACACAGGGGCUAGUCUGCGGCCGUCUCUUCACCCAAAACAACAUUUGCGUCGUGUUAUUGUGUUCAAAUGCGUAUUAUUUGGUUAAUGCAGAUGAGUUUUUCGAGUGUGGGCCCGGGCUAAAGUGUCACUUGUGCGAGGACUCGGAUAUCCCUGCUAACAGCAAUUCAGCUAGCUGUGUGUGUAAACAACAAGGAUGAAGCGGAUGAAAGGAUCGGAGGAGGUUAGCAGCUCCUCCAGUAGGAGCCCACCAGAAACCUGCAAGAAAGUCCGAAAGCAAAUAUGUGAGGCUGCCGUGUCCACUGAUUUAUCAGAGCGUGACUGGGCAAGUCUCCCUCAGGAGCUUCUGCUCCACAUCCUUCAGUACCUUCCCCUGCUGGACCGGGCUUAUGCCUCUCAGGUGUGCCGCCAAUGGAACCAGGCCUUCCACAUGCCAGAGCUGUGGAGAUGCUUUGAGUUUGAGCUGAACCAACCAGCCAGCUCCUACCUGAAGGCCACACAUCCGGAUCUCAUCAAGCAGAUCAUCAAGAGGCACUCCAACCACCUGCAGUAUGUCAGCUUCAAGGUGGACAGCAGUACAGAGUCUGCAGAGGCUGCGUGUGACAUUCUUUCCCAGUUGGUGAACUGCUCGCUGAAGACCUUGGGGCUUAUCUCUACAGCCAGACCAAGUUUCAUGGAAGUUCCAAAGUCCCAUUUCAUUUCGGCGCUGACAGUGGUGUUUGUCAACUCCAAGUCACUGUCUUCAUUGAAGAUUGAUGAUACACCAGUGGAUGAUCCCUCUCUAAAGGUGCUGGUGGCCAACAACAGUGACACCUUAAAACUGCUGAAGAUGAGCAGCUGCCCGCAUGUCUCUCCAGCAGGAAUUCUGUGUGUGGCUGACCAGUGUCAUGGGCUGAGAGAGCUGGCGUUGAACUACCACCUCCUGAGUGAUGAACUCCUCUUGGCCCUGUCCUCAGAGAAACACGUCCACCUGGAACAUUUGCGUAUUGAUGUGGUGAGUGAGAACCCUGGCCAACACUUCCACACCAUCAAGAAGAGCAGCUGGGAUGCCAUGGUGCGGCACUCGCCCAAAUUCAACCUGGUCAUGUACUUCUUCCUCUACGAAGACGAGUUCGGCCCCUUUUUUAACGAGGAGAUCCCUGUCACGCAUCUUUACUUCGGCCGCUCUGUCAGCAAAGAGGUCCUGGGCCGUGUUGGUCUGCACUGCCCCCGUCUGGUGGAGCUGGUGGUAUGCGCCAACGGCCUACGUCCCCUGGACGAAGAGCUGAUCCGCAUUGCAAAGCACUGCACCCAGCUGUCAGCAAUUGGACUGGGCGAGUGCGAAGUCUCCUGCAGCGCGUUUGUGGAGUUUGUGAAGAUGUGUGGGCGGAGGCUGUCCCAGCUGUCCAUCAUGGAGGAGGUUCUGAUCCCUGAUCACAAAUACUCCCUGGAUGAGAUUCACUGGGAGGUCUCCAAACACCUGGGAAGGGUCUGGUUCCCGGAUAUGAUGCCAACAUGGUAGAUAGAAUCCAGAGAGGAGUCAAGAGUGUUACUGUGGAGCAGUCACAGUCUCAAUGUUUGCACUGAAAGGCCUUUGAAAUAACACUUUAAAGCUAUAAUGGAAUGUUUAUUGCCAACAUGGAGAACACAAACUCUCUGAACUUUCUGGGUUUGAAUAAGCGCAGCUCAGGGGAAUAAUGUGGCACCUGACUGCUACCAAACACACACACGCACACACACCACUAACAUCUGCGUUGCCUGUUCAUUUGUCAGUCUUGAGUGAAUCUUGUGAUAUUCAGCUCUCUCUUUUUUUGUGGUGAAAGAACUGGAUGGCUUCUUCCCAUAUUCUUCACAGAUCAGUGCUGAAAAAUGUCUAACAAACCAGCAAUGUUUUUAUAACAAGCUAAGCUGACAAAAGCAUCCCUUGGUUUAAAUCUAUAACAUAAAAAGGUGAGUGAGGCUGUGACUAGAAAAACUAAUUUAAAGACGUAAUAGCAGCUGCCAUGCUGCUUUCUUUGUUGGUUGAAAUGACAGGAGUAGAAGAAAAAUUGUAAAUAUAUUUCUAUGUUUGUUAUGUGAAGGUGUAAAUUGGUGUCCUCAGUUUUUUUGCUGAAGAACUGUGCUACAGUUAGUCAGAAGCGCUUCUUCUUGCGCAGGCACAAAAGCAUUAUCCGUUUCCAAAUAUGAUUGCGAGUUGGAAAGAAUCACAUUUCAGAACUUUUAGAUCCAAAUAUAGUUAUCCACCUAAUUGGACCAGUUGUCUUGGCUGCCAACAGUAGAACAGCACACAGCUUGUGUCCCAUGUUUUGCUUUUGUGUAGAUUCACUCAAACAGGUUUAAACCAUUGAACCUAUAAUAGGAGGAUUGUGCUUACAGUUCUCCUGUUAGCUUGCAUGCUAACAACAUAACAUCAAACAAGAUUCUUGUUGGUAUAACGACCCAAUGUGUUGAAGUGAAGGAGCAGUCUGCACCCCUUCAGUUCUGUGGUGAGAGAUUUGGCAAGUCAGAUGAGAGAAACAAACAUUUGUUUCUUUUCCUUUAAGAAGGAAGCGAAAAGCAUGUGUAUAUAAAAACGAUGUGUGUUUGAUAAAUAUUAUUAUCAUUAAUAGAAAUGUACUUAUUUCUUUAUUUUACCCUCUGCUAGGGUUCAAAGGUUCCUUUGUGGUUUGUGUCUUUUAUAAAAGAAAGUCAUUCUUUAUCCCAUAGCUGUUUUCAUACUGUGGUGUUUAGAGGAGAUGGUAAUUUAUUGACCAUGGAUCUGUUCUUUUUUUAAACUUUAAAUCUCAGUAACAAGUCAGUUCUGAAUCCUUUCACCUGCAAAACUUCUACAUAUUAAACAAUUUGGCCAAUCUUGUUGAGUUCUUUCAAUGAAAGCACUACUCAAAGGUAGGCAUAUGAACCAAAACCUUAAAAUGUGCAAAAUAUAUUUGUGAGUAUAAAUUCUGAUUCAGGAGAAAUUGUUCUGCUAUUUCUAUUCCACUAAAACUAAAAAUUCUGUCUUGGCUGAAUUGACACAUGCAGGUUUUAACUGCAUUAGAGAAUUUCUCAUCCUGUGGAACUAAUAGUUAAAUAGUAGAGUAAAGUAAAAUAUCAUAAAAUGUCUCAAGCCACAGCUUUUUUUUUACUCAUGAUGGUGUUUAUUAAGGAAUAACACGGGUAAUUCAAUUGUAUAACUUGUUAAAUGUGUUGUUAUGGCACUUCAGAAGUAGACAUACUAUAUUUUUUUUGUAAAAAAAAUCCUUUGUCAGGCUGAAGUUUUAGUUGAUGGGUUUUUUUUUGCUGUAGACAUUUCAUGAAGCCUGGCACUGAUGGAGAAAAGUGAGAGUGGUCUUUACAGAUGUAUUGUGAACAAACAAAGUAAUUGAACAGUAUAAUUAGAAGCUGAUCUCUGCCUGAGAGUUAAUGUUCAUGUACAUUAGCAUCUUGAAGCUACAGUCACUCAUCUGCCUGUGUUUCAUAGUUUGAACAUGGCAAUGGAAGCAGCUCCAAACUGAAGACUUUGGCAAAGAAACAUUCUUUAUCUUUAUUGGCUUCUGUUGAAGUAGCUGCUAAAAAUAUUGACCAUUAAUACAGAGUAAGAGAUGAAUUAAUAAUCAUCCUGAAUUUAUUUUAAAAUAAAUAAAAUAGAAUCUUUGCUUCUAUUCCUUUGUAAAAGUCUGUCCAUUUUGAUUUACUGGUCACUUGUCUUAAAAUUUAAAGGUAUUAUUUUGGAUUUGUCGUCUUCUACCAAAAUAAAAAUUGAAGCUGUA